ACUGCGUUCUCAGUACUUUCCAGACAGCGCCGAAGCGAAACGAUAGAGAGGUAUCCACUAUGGCGGCAACCUUCUGCGCCUAUCCCGCCGUUGCCGGCGCCGCAAACCCUACCUACCGCCGUCCCCGGACCAUAACUGUGCCCGCCGCCCUACCUGAUGUCCGGAAAUCCAGCCGCCCACUCCCCUCUUUCCUUUCUUUCCGGCGCCCCAAUGCCGCGCUGCCGCCGCUCCGCGUCGCUGGCGCUGACCCAAAGAUUGUAAAUGGGGAGGAUUUCCCGCCUAUGAAUGACCUGAUUCGACUAUACAAAAAGGCUUUUCUAGAUGGAAACGAUGAUGUUGUUAGUGACAUUGAGAAAGCAAUCAUUGGCAUGGAGCAAGAGAAGAGUAAAGCAGCAUCUCAGUUUGAAAGUAUUACAGCUGAAAUAAUUUCAGGGAAGAGUAAGUUUCUUCGCUUAAAUGCCGACCUAGAGAAUUUCAGGAAGCAGACUGAAAAGGACCGUGCGAAGUUUACAUCGAAUAUACAAGUGGAACUUGUACAAAGUCUGUUGCCUCUGGUUGAUAGCUUUGAGAAGGCAAAUCUAGAGCUCACCCUAGAGACAGAUAAAGAACAGAAGAUUAGCACAAGCUAUCAAGGCAUAUACAAGCAAUUAGUAGAAACAUUGAAAGGCUUAGGGGUGGGGGUUGUGGAAACUGUCGGCAAGCCAUUUGAUCCAUUGGUCCAUGAGGCUAUCGCCCGAGAAGAAUCUGUGCAGUUCAAGGCAGGGAUCGUCUCACAUGAAGUCCACCGUGGGUUCCUUCUGAGGGAGAGGGUGCUGAGGCCUGCCACCGUGAAGGUCUCUACCGGUCCUGGUGACCAAAACUCGAACGCCCUGCCUACCGAGGAGCCUGUGGAGGAUACCCAAGAGGAUGCUGUUGUCUGAGUCCGCUGGAAACCAGCAUAGCAAUUCGUUGUAGCUAGAGCACCAUUGUUUGGGAGCUCUUGUCUUUACUGUUCAUAUGAAGUGGAGUCUUUAGAUUCCAAACGUCCUUUUUGAAUCAACAGAUAUGGGAAUGUACAUUUGUGGUGAUUGCACGUAUCCUAAAGGAAUAUUUAGAUUGUCUUCUAUGUA